CUCCGAUCGAUAAUGUUUGUUUGAGAUGCCCACUAGAAAAGGUUUGCAGAAUUAAAAUGUUCCUACUGAAACUGGGAGGGAAGAGCUCAGCUGCUUCUACCAUGGCUGGACUACACCCCAAAAGUAGUGCUGCUAAAAAGUAUGCAGUGGUGACGGGGGGAAACAAAGGGAUUGGACUGGAGAUAUGCAGGCAGUUGGCAUCACAAGGGAUUUCUGUGGUGUUGACUGCAAGAAAUGAGAAAAGGGGGCUCGAAGCAGUUGAAAAAUUGAAAAGUUCGUUUGAUAUUUCGGACAACAUAAUGUUUCAUCAGCUUGAUGUUGUGGAUUCGGCAAGCGUUGAUGCUCUUGCUGGAUUCAUUAAGAACCGAAUUGGAAAGCUUGAUAUCCUGGUGAAUAAUGCUGGGGUGAAUGGAACAACAGAGUCAGAUACAGGGCAGGUUUUUGGUUACCUAUGUCGAGUCAUGUUCGGAAGAGGGUCGACAAGCAAAAGCACUAGCACUAGCAAUCGCUACGAAUUGGCAGUAGAGUGUCUGCAGAUAAACUACUACGGCACAAAGAGAACAACAGAAACACUGCUCCCCCUACUCCGGCUAUCCGAUUCUCCAAGAAUUGUCAAUGUUUCCUCCACAAUGGGGAAACUCGGGGGCAUACACAACAAAUGGGCCAAAGGUGUGCUUGGUGACAUGGACAACCUUACCGAAGAGGGGAUUGAUGAGGUUCUGAAUGAGUUCCUCAAAGACUUCAAGGAAGGGUCCGAUGGAGCCAAAGGCUGGCCGACAUAUUGGGGCCCAUACUGCGUGUCAAAAGCAGCCGUGACUGCCUACACAAGGCUUUUAGCCAAGAAGAACCCCGGAAUGCUAAUCAAUGCUGUCUGCCCGGGCUGGGUGAGGACCGAUCUCAGUGGCGGAUCCGGCACACUGAAGCCUGAGGAAGGUGCCAGAAGCGCCGUGAGGCUGGCUCUGCUUCCUGAUGAUGGGCCUUCGGGGUUGUUCUUUGACCGAAUGCAAGUUUCUUCGUUCUAGGGGGAGCAGUUGAGUGUGGGCAACUUGUUUGUCAAGAAUGACAUAUGAAUAUAGAAUAAAUAGUUAAGUUGUUGUGAUAA